AUGAAGUGCGAUGAAACGAAGCCUUCCUGUCAACAAUGCGUGCGCCGUAGAAUUACCUGCGGUGGUUACAAGAAGAACAUCAGAUGGAAAGCCUUUGGAAAAUCCCGCGAUGCAAGUGAGCAACCAGACCAGAUUCGGCCACUUGACAAGGGUGCGGCAGCUGAAAACCAGCUUCAAAAUGCAAUGCCAUUGUCGUCUAGUUGUCUGAGCGAGAUGUUCUCAGACGAAAACGGCAACUGUUUCGCGUCUUUUCCUAUUGAAGGGUUAUGCACGGGCUCUGAGUUUCAAAGAAGGCCAGAGCCAAGUACUGUCAAUGCUCUACUUACGCCUCCCUCGUUCGACCUUUUUCCAACCACUGAAGCAGAAAGGGAAGCAGGAGAAUCCGCCGUGGCUAGCUUCAGUGCUGGAUGCAUGUUUGACCUUGACGGUUUUGGGAUUUUUGACGUACUACGGUCAGAUUUUACCGCACCCGUUAACCUCUCGCGCAAUCAAACGCCUAAGAUCGUCGACUUUGACCUGUCUUCUCCGGAUACUGACAUAAAUGCUGCUUUCUGUAGUCAAAACACUUCACAGCACUUUGAUUUACUCGCCCAAAGCAACGAUAUAAAUCUAACAAACAAUGAAGGGCUCGACCUGCAGGCAUUCGAUGGCUCUGUGGCAAACGAGCCAGGAAGUCUGCCUUUGGAUGGAGCAGUCCAAGACGAGGCGUCCGUGGAGACUUCCCGACAAACUCCAAGCCAUGUCUCGAGCAUUGAACGAGAGCAUUGGUCGUUUGAACCAUCAUCGCCGCAUUCUAGUCUCUUGGAUGACUUGGAGCUCUACUCUCUCUGGCGCCAGCCACGACUUCAGAGUGGCAGCCCAGAGAUGAUAACGCAGUUUUUUGAACGCCAAACAUGCCGGAUACUUUCCGUAAAAGAUGAUCCAACCGAGAAUCCCUGGCGAACCCUUAUUUGGCCUUUGGCAAAGGACUGUCCUGCACUUUACCACGCGAUCUCUGCAAUGACCUGCUUUCACAUGGGUAAGAUCCAACCACAACUCCGCAUCCAGGGUAUCGGCCACGUCCAAUGCAGCAUGGAAGCCAUGGCUACCGAUAAUGGUAAGAUUCGACUUGAUGCAGCGCUCGCAACAACGCUAGCUCUCGGAUUCGCAGCAAACUGGGAUCAUCAGAAACCAUCCACUGGUAUUGAACAUAUUAAAACCGCCAAGGCGAUUAUCAAAAGAGCAAUCUUCGCGCAUAGAGCUUCGAGGCUUUCUACCGGCGAGUUGACUCGCUUGAGCUUUUUGUCCAACACUUGGAUGUACAUGGACGUCAUUGCCCGUCUGACUUCUGUGGACGAUGGAGGUUUUACCGACUUCGAAUUCAUGACUGCCUGCAGUCUUUUAGGCUCGACACCACAGGAGUUGCAAAUUGAUCCACUCAUGGGCUGCGCAGCGACGCUGUUUCCCAUCCUCGGGCAAGUGGCAGAUCUUGUCCGGCGUGUUCGGAAGAGGAGUAGCACAGCAGGAAAUUCACCGACCAUUAUUUCUCAGGCAGCAGAACUAAAACGAGCCAUCGAAUGCUGGAUCCCACCAGUUGGAUGGGCAUCAGAGGAUCCGACAGUCAACAACCCAGACCUGGUCCAGACAGCUGAAGCAUACCGAUGGGCUACGCUUCUCCUCCUCCGGCAGGCUGUUCCCGAGCUCCCUAGCUCGAUAUCGCCAUGCGAACUGGCGCAGAAAACAAUGGUUUUCCUCGCCACCGUCCCACUCACGUCUCGCACGAUAGUCGUGCAAACUUUCCCCCUCAUGGUGGCCGGCUGCGAGGUCAUGGAAGAGGAAGACAGGGCCUGGGUCCGCGAGCGCUGGAAGCGCAUGUCGAGGCGCAUGAUCACGGGGAUUGUAGAUCGCUGCGUGGAAGUGACAGAAGAGGUAUGGAGGAGGAAAGACGAGUACGAGGCAAGCAACGGCCUUUGUCCCACACCUCGAACCGGGUCUCUCCAAAAUUCCGGGGGAGAUUCGUUCGCCAUGGACGCAGACCUCUCUAGGCUUUGCGAUCCGCUAAGUCCUCUGCAGGAUUGCUUUGGUCUACCGAACUUUCCUGGCGGCGAUGCAAACUCUGGAAGGAGACGCAACUCAAAAGCCCAGGUCACAGCAAACCUUUCGCAGCCGUUUACGUUUGGUGAAGGGGUUGAUAUUAUGGCUAGACCAAGCCGUAUUAAGUAUACAGUGAAGGGUAAAUAUCAUUGGAUAGGGGUCAUGCGGGACCAGAACCUAGAGGUCAUGCUCGGAUGA